CUCAUAUUGUGAUUCCGUAGAAAAAGAAAGAAAAAGGAACGAAAAGAGAGGUAACGCUGGGAGCGAAAGCACAAUAACUUUUCCGGUAAAAAGAGAGAGGUCCAGAAGAGAGGAUGACUUCUUCUUCUUCUUCUUCUUCUUCUUUAUCUCUCUCCUCCAUCUCCAUCUCCAUUCCCUCUCUCUCUCCUCCCUCUCUUUUCCUCUCCAGAUUCAUUAACCUUAAUCCCUUCUUCUCCCCAAGCCCUAAAUUCUCCCUCCACGCUGCUCCUCCCAAGCCCUUUUCCACCCGCCGUCAUUCUCUCCAUAAAACUCUGUGGAUUCAAGGGCAUAUAAGUAGAGAUGAAGAUGAAAAUAGUAAUGUGCAUCAGAAGAAUACGCAGAUGUUUGGAUAUGGGUCUAAUGACGAGACAGGCACUCAAAUUCCAACCCAAGCCCAAUCCAUUGUGGAAGGAUCAGGAUCUGUUAUGGUGUCCGAGUUCAAACCAGUUCCUGAUGUUGAUUAUCUACAGGAGCUAUUGGCCAUUCAACAACAAGGUCCUAGAGCCAUUGGUUUCUUUGGAACCCGAAAUAUGGGUUUCUUGCAUCAAGAACUCAUUGAGAUUCUUAGCUAUGCAAUGGUUAUAACGAAGAACCACAUCUAUACUUCAGGAGCAUCUGGAACCAAUGCAGCAGUUAUCAGAGGUGCAUUGAGGGCUGAGAAACCAGAAUUGCUUACUGUCAUUUUGCCACAAAGUUUGAAAAAACAACCUCCCGAGAGCCAGGAAUUAUUAUCCAAAGUGAAGAAUGUGAUCGAGAAGCCCCACAACGAUCAUCUACCUCUAAUAGAAGCUAGCAGGUUAUGUAAUAUGGACAUAAUUUCACAUGUACAGCAAGUUAUUUGCUUUGCAUUUCAUGAUAGCAGAUUGCUCAUGGAAACUUGCCAAGAGGCUAAAAAUCUCCGCAAAAUCGUUACUCUUUUUUAUCUCGACUGAGAACAACUCGGUUGCUCCAAAUUCUGUAAAUACAUUACAAUUGUUUAAGACAUAUUUUGCUUGUAAAUUUGAUUAGUUGCUUCUGCUUCUGCUGCUGCUUCUCUCUCAACUUUAACAAUUGCUGUGACAUUGAGGAAAAAAAAUGGGCCAAUUUGCCCUUCCCCUUUCAAUGAGAUAUUUUUAUGUUUGAUUUUU